AUGGCCUUCACAAACCUCUUCAGGGGUUUUGGAGGCAAGGAGGUGGACCAAAGCGUCGCCGGCCCCCGCGGAGAGAACGCCUCGGCAGGCACCGAAACAGGCAGUAGCAACACGGCCUCAGCAUUCUUUGCAGGCACUAGCAACUUCUUCAACUCGGUACAAGCCAAGAAGGAGGGCCUGAUGUCGGACCUGUCGAGCAAACUGAACUCCAUCAAGAUGGAGACGGGUUUCGGCGGCGGCGGCGGCGGCGGCGGCAGCAAAAGGGGCGGCCAGUCGCGUGGAGACGGCGGCGCGGACGGAGAUGACAGUUCCGCCAGCGAGUAUGGCGACGACGGAGACCAGCCCAUGUACGCGGAUGAGGCGCCCAACGAGCGAAGGCUCUCGGCGGAGAGCAUUGAUAGUUUGCCGGAGAACGAGGCCAAAUGUUAUCUGGCAGAUAUCGGGAACUUUGUGGGAAAUAUUAUUAAGUAAGUUGCGUUUGUAUGUGCGGUGUCAAAAACAGGCACCGAGUUUGUAAACCCUGUGAAACAGUGUCCCUUGUCUUGUGGGAAGCGGAUUCAAAUCAAAGGUUGGGUGAGGAAGUGAGUACCGGCAAAGAAAAAGCUGUCAUUUUUGGCCGUCCUCAACGGCACAUUCCGUAGUCUGAUCGGCAAAUGCCUUUCAAACAAGGGAUGAGUUGACCGGCAGAAUGAGAUCGGACGAGAUUCCAACGCAACAAGUGGAUGUCAAGCGCCUACUCCUUUGAAAAGUUUAUAUAACUCUUUUGAGAAGGUAAAAGAUAAACCUGUGACGGACUGACGCCCGGUAAUGGUGGAAAAAUAACUGUCUUUGUAUGGUCCCUUAGUAUCUCAACGAACUUUCAAAGUUACCAUGGGAUUGCGCCGGAUUUUUUGUGCAGUUUCUGUUUUUUACCUUUAUAUUUAGGAAAUAGACCACCUCAUGCCUGUUUUGGGGGUGGGUGUGAGCAAGAAGAUCAAAGAAUACGGAUAAUUUCUUAAACUCAAAAAAUCCUACCGUGUAACAGAUGCUUAUGGUAGUGCUGAAGUUAGUGCACUUAAAGGGAAAAUGGGAAGCAGUCGAUAAAAAAUCCCUAAGAAGAACACGAUGUAAAACACACACAGCGUUUUCGUUUUGAAAAGACUGAUCAAGAAAAGUCGUAAAAAUAUUCGUCCUGCAGCAAAAUUCUAUAGUGAUUAAUUUACUUCAGAAUGCCGGCUUUCGAAAGAACUUCUUUCCGGCUGCAUGCAAAAACCACACUCUUUAAAACAUAACUACUUAAGUAGCAAACAUUUUUCUCGUUGAUUUUCAAUGGUCCUAAAUAUUCAAUUAUAUUUCUUGGAAAGCCUGCAGUUAAACAAUCAUUAUUUUGUUCAUUCGGUAGACAAUUACGUCUUCUUCUAAUUUUACACUCUACGAAAUGAUAUAAUUUGGUUCUCAAAAAUUAUUACAUUUCCCGAAUACUUUUGCACCCCGACAUGCUGUUACACUUGCAUUGAGGGUUUACAAACUACUAGCCGUAUAUGUUUCACGUAGAGAAAAUCCUACGAUCCUCUACAAAAUUAAGAGGAAACUAUAGGGUGUUCAUAUAAUUUAGCAGUGGAUUUCAGUCAUGUUAACUUUACGAGCCACAUUGGUAACUGCAGAGACAUCGCGUUUUAUGAACGGCCAUUUCACGGUAAUAAAAAAUCUCGCAAGUAGAAACUCUUAAAGCCAAAUUAUACCCCUCCUUCGAGAAUAAAAUUGAAAAAAACGCAAUUGUCUACUGAAUGAGCAAAAUACUAAACAUUUUUAUACAUUAUGACAGAUGGGCGCUCACCUAUCAGGUUACAGAACAUGCUCGUUCUGUUGUGCCUUGGGGCUCAUACUUAAACCCUCGCAGGCAGUCGCACAGCGACUAGUGAUAUAUGUUGAUAAGGUGAUACCGACAAAGACAAGGGAGACCGGAAUGGCCAUUUCUGGCUUCUUAGCCGUCAUCAGCCAGUUAUACCCAACCCCAAGUGUGGAUCACUUGAGAUUCGAACCCGGGAUCUUCGGUCAUGGAGUUGAACGCUCUACCAUUGAGCCACGGGCCCGUUGUCCUGUCGGUUGUGAUCGGGAAUAUCAAUUAUGACAGAUGGGCGCUCACCGAUCAGGGUACAGAACAUGCUCGUUCUGUUGUGCCUUGGGCCUCUUACUUAAACCUUCCUUUUUCUUUAGAAUAUAAUUAGACUUUUAGGGGCAUCGAAAAUUAAUGAGAAAAAGACAUGCUACAAAAGUGGACAUUUUUUACAGUGUUGCAUGCAGCCGGCCGGAUGUUCAUUCGAAAGCCGGCAUCCUGAGGUUACUGAAAUAUUAUAGAAUUAUGUUGCAGGCUGACUAGUCUUACAAGGCUUCUUAAGUAAUCCCUUCGAAACGAAAACGCACUUCGGAAUUUCAGUUGAUAUUUCAUGAGUUAGCUCACCUACUCUAAGUCAUAACUGCAGCGCCUCUACGUGAGCCACACAUUGACCGGCUCUUUCCCACGUGCUCUUCACCGCACAUGACAACAGUGUCACAGGGCUCACAUCAAGACGGGGCCGCUAAAACCCCAAUUUUGACUUUAUGUGCCUUUGAGUUGUUUAACCAGAUUUCAGCCCACAGAACCACGGCAUCAGAUGUGUUUCUACAUGGAUGAUAAAGGACAAAUCUAUGAGAGUGACGUCAUGAUUUGUAAUUAUGAAGAAUAACCAAGUGCCGAUGCUAUUCUUUUUCUUCUCUGUGGCCGGUCUUAGCCUAAAGAUGACAAACGGUAUGAAUUUGAUGGCUAUUAGAUGGUCAACCUUGCACGCCCGCCUAAAAAAUUGCUCAUUUGAUAUUCACAACGACAACGGACUGCACAGUGUGGUUUAUGUAUGGGCUCCGGGGUGGCUUUAGUGCGAACGCAUAUGACAGGUGUGGUCCAAAUGUAACGGAACGUGGAAUGUGACAGGUUUGUAAUUAAAGGUGGGUGACAUUUCAGUGACCGUUGUAAAGUUGACUGGAUAGGAACAUACGAUGGGUGCAUUCUCCGAACAUGUUAACUGACCGGCCUGGGCCUGUACGUGGGAGACGGCCGUGGCCUAACGAUUUUCCGUUUCAUCUCGUUUACAGUAGCCCGAUAGUCUCCAUUGCAAUACGCACACCGAUAUCACUGAUGGUAUUGUCGGACUGCGCUAAGUCCAUUUCACUCCUUAGUUAUUAAAUAUGUACUUUCGUCUGGCGGCAACUCAGGCCCCACUAGUCACCGCAUCUAAUCUCAUCUAAAGCCAGUACGACUCUGGUAGAGGUUGAUGAGAGAAAGCUAGGGUGAUCUUCAUCCAUCUCACAUUUAAGCGCAUCCUCUCUGAAACUAACCAACCAAAGGCUCCUAAAAACUAAACAACACGCCAACAGCCGACAUAGGAGACCAUACUGUAAUGGCGCCUUGUUGUGGUUUUCAUGGCAGACCCGUUUCCGUGUGACGCGAGACACAUUGGGACAAUGUCGCAAGUAAAACCCCCUACUGCGCCUACUCCCCGCCGUUUCUGGUAGUCCGCGUCUGUUCCUGAUGACUGAUUUUGGUGGGUGCAGGAGGGGAAAGUGAGGGAAGGUACACUGAAAGUCUGCCUCUCCAAAAACACACUCACGUGCAAGUCACUUCUGCGUUGUUUCCAGGAGGGAACUUGUUCUCAACAUUUUCAACAGAUGAGGUGCAGAAGAAGUCACUUAGCCAGUCCAAAAGUUAGAGUGCCUCGCAUCGAAACUUGGGGCUGGAUAGGAGCGCAUUCGUUGAGCGGUAUUCGCAAAAGUGGGUCAGGCAGCACCCCGGCGAAGCUCUCCGUUGCCAACAUUGCCACGUUAAUCUCGCGUGUAAGGCCUGUUUACUGAGUUGGAUCGCCUUCGGAAGCGGUCCUGCAGUAAGUUCCUGACACUGCAGGUAACACUUCUGUCUGUAGGCUCAAGAAGGGACUCUCAGUGAGCCAUCAAUUCCUUCAGGAUAUCGUGCUUGACCUUGUAGUGUAUGUCAAGUGGGCUGAGAGCCAUUGAAAAUGACAGUAUUUGAUGUCAGAUGAGAUUCGCCACCCCGACCGUUGCGUCCACCUACUGGAAUCAUUUUCGCAGACAUCGCCGAAACGAUCGCAUUUAUUCCUACGUGAUCUUACAAAACUCCCAGGUAUCUGCAACUGUGGAGAGGAACUGCCACGAAGAAAAAGAGGGCAGUUGCAUUCGGGAACAACAGUUUCUGUAAAGAGGGCGAUGCAUACGAUUGCCAACUCCGCUGGACCAAGCACGUAUUGGUUAGAACUGCAGGCUGGGCAGGCGAAUUCGGCCUCACCGUAUUACAGGUGAGCUUACCCCUAAUUUCAGCGGGUCGGGGUUAGUGUAGGGGUUGUGCUUAGGGUUACGGUUAGAAUUAAGGCCAGAAGGGUUGGGGUUAGUUCUAUGGGGUUGAAGUUAGGGUACUGGACAUCGGGCCACAACGUUGCAUUGGAUUAAAAAUGAAGCCACGCGGGUGUGUGUGACAUACACUGGACGGGGAUUUUUUGCAUCUCGACAGUUCAACCGUCGAUUCCGACGAGGUCCACCGUGUGUUAUACAGAAAGGUGCAGCAGCCACGGUGACUUGCGAGUGAAUUAGCUUACAGGGAAUGUAGACUUGUGCAGCAUCUACCGUACUGUCUCCAUCCCCACCUGGCCCGGUGUCAAGACAGAGUCGAGAAGACCGGAGGCGAGGGAGGGCGCAGGUGGAUGACACGAUCGAGUCCACACCUUGGCAUUCCACUCCACACCCCCUGGUCAACAAUAUACAUUUGGUCAAGAUUUUUCACCAGCAGCAACAACAACAGGGACCAAAAGAACGAGGAUGAUAACUGAGCAGCCGUGCCCACCGUCUGUAUACCCAGCGGGAGCGCAAACGAAGCUACCGGCAGGGAACCAGGUGUCAGGGAACUUCCAGCGCGUACCAGGCUGCGAGGGCCAUGGUUUGCUGAUACUGGCAUAGCACACGCAUUUGAAACUCAGCCUACCCGACAGCCGCCUGCACUGGCUCUUGCCUCUGACCUCUGUAGUGACAAGAAGCCGAGGUAGGCUUGCAGGCGUAGGCCUAUUCCAAGAAAACAACAUUGCCACCUCUUGACGGGGUAACAAGGACGGAAAACCCGAGAAGGAUAAAGCAUAGGCUUGCAGAUGUGUUAAACUGACUUUCGAAGUCUGCAGAACGUGCGCUUGCCAAAUCACUUGGCUUUCUACUCCAAGCCUAAAGUAAAAGGCAUCUCUAAAUUCAUAACGCCAAAACCGACUGUCCGUCUGGCAGUCUCACUUAUUUACCAGUAGACUGCUUCCCCUGCGUGUACGGUAAACGUCUCGACUGCAGACAACAGAUAAAUGAUAAAAUAAAGAAGAGUAAUCAGUGUAAAGUUAAUGUGCUAUCUCAUGAAAUGCUAACCAAAAUUAUGAAAUGUGCCUUGGAUCAGGUAAUAUUACCUGAAUAAGAUCGUAAGACUAAUUGUCAGGUAGCAUAACAACAAGAUGUUGCAGUCGCGUCAGGAUAUCGGCUUUUAACGGGCAUAUUUUUGGCCGCUUGCAAAAGCCAAAUAUUGUACAAAAUGACUAAUCAAUUAAUAUGAAUUUAUUCCCCUUAUUCCCGAUGUCAUUAUACAUUCAAAUAUAUUUUAUAGAAAACAUGCGACAAACGUUUUUUCUUGUGUUUAGGUGGUAGAAAAUUAAGUUUUCGGCACACUCAUGCCUGAAGGCGGGUCAUUUUUUCGCUUUUCAAAGUGUCUAGUUACUGGAUUUUUUAAAGCAGUGAAAUGUCUGCCGAUAAAGCAUCGUAUCCAUCCAUUUGUGAUUGUUGUUUGUAACGUAUACAACCCUGCAAUAUAUUACGAGCCUAUACAUAUAAAUGUGUGAUUCUCCAUGAAGGGGAGAUAUACAGCCUGUAAUUUGGAACCCCUAUAUACAAGUGCAACGGUGGAUCAGAUUCCAAAUUAUUUGGAAAUUAAUGAGGUUUUUCUAAACCAAAAGAUAUGCUUUUUUCAAAUACAAGAUUUGAAGGGGAUGCAGGUUGCCACCAACUGAGGACAGGAAAAAAUUUUUUUACAUGUUUUUAUAGAGUAUGUUUGAAUAUGCAAGAGCAUCAAAGAUCAAUGAGAAAAAUUCAUACUACAUAAGUAACCGUUUUCACGGACUAUAGAUGUUGCAGGCGGCCGAAAAGACGCCCCUUCAAAAACCGGCACUCUGUCAUGACUGAAAUAACUUGUUAUUAUGCUGAGCGACAGCUAGUACUACGGCCCUACUUAAGUAAUCUUUUCUAAUCAUCGACACAUUCCAGAAUUUCGGUUAACAUUUUGUAGGAUAAUACAAUGGUGGGGGGCUCUUAUCGAUCGUUCUUACGGAAUUCACUCGUUCCGUUUUGCUUAAGGGCUCUCUCUCGAGUCCAACCAGCAGCCGCACAGCGGCGCAUGAUAUAGACAGUAUGGUAUUACUGACAAAGCAAAGGCAGACUGGAAUGGCCGUUUCUGGCUUAUUAGCCGUCGUUAGCCGGUUAUACCCAUUGUAUAUUCCCGAUCGAAAUCGCAGGGCAACCGACUCGUGGCCCAGUGGUUAGAGGAGUGGACUUCUAACUAACAAGUUGCGAGUUCGAACCUCGGGUGUUCCACACUUCGGGGUUGGAUAUGACUGACUGACCUGGGCUAAGAGGCCAGAAAUGGCCAUUCCAGUCUCUCUUGUCUUUGUCGGUAAAAACAUACUGCCUAAAGGAGAGUGCAUAUACAGAUUUGAUUUCCCUUCGCUGUGGGAUAGGCAUCCCUGCACCUAUUUUCUCUUAUAUUACGGUCUCAAAAGGUUCAAAAGAUGCCACUCGAAGAGGAUAACAAGACCCGAUUUUAUUACAUCUUUUAGGUAAACUUACUUUAACGUAAAUGCAAGUCGGUACAGCAUCUUGUUACCGCAACACCUGUCAAAGUUCCUUGUUUUUAUUGCUACUCACUUUUGCAUACAUGUCUUGCUCCAAUGCUGUGUACUGCAUGCCUGACUGAAGACAGUUACUAAGUUGAACAUGACUAUCCCGACCCCUAGUUGCUAUGGUACUAUCCAAUGGUGCUAUUGAUUGAGCUCCGGGGCGCAACGGAAAAAACAUGUCCCGCAAUUGGAUUGGUAAGCGAUGUUGCCAUGAUUCGUUAGCCAUGACAUCGCCAGUUAAAUUCUGUUUCGACAGGAGGGCACGUGAGUGGUCAUCAGUCGGUUAAGCAGGACUCAAGACAGAAUGGGAAGUAAUUCUCGAAUGGGCUAGAGUUGACAGAUCGUCCGUUCCUUCUCUGAGGAAAACCCCCUCGCAAGUACUCUGGGCUAUUUUUGUAUACAAGUAGAGAUUUCUGCGGAAUCCCCCACAAGGAGAGAGAGGACAAUUCUCUGAUGAUCAAAACAAAUAAAUAAGUGAAGUAAAGUUCGUCCCUCGUCUGUUGUGGAUGCGUCGGUGGUCAAAAACAAUUCUUAUUAAGUCUGGGAAAUAUUCUGCUGUGCAAAAUUCAUAAUGAGUCAGUUCUCAAAGCCCGACAAGUUACAUUUGCAAUGAACGCGUGAUUUCCACUAAUUUCAUUUUCCUCCUAUGUUUUUUAUUCCUCACUGGGAAAGGCAUUAAGUAAGCUGAGCUGAACUGCAGAAAACCGUCCUGCUGGGAAAGACAUGGGAGUAAGGCAAAAAGGAAGCCGUUCAUUAACGAAGGUCCCAACCUCUGGUGGGUUGUUGGGCAGGUGAAGAGGUAAACAAGUCUGCGCCAAAUUUUUUUCCCUUUUUUUCCUUCGCGCUGUCUGUGCGCGUGCGGACUCACUGCCCUCGAUACUAGGAGUCUUGGUAACUGGUCUGUGGAGAAGAGAAAACAAAUUAAUUGUGAGGAAGGAGACACGAUCGCUGGGACAAAAGCUUUAACAGCCUGAAUAGAAUUCUCCGCUUCGCAAAAUUUAAGCAUAAAAUUUAAUAGAGAGUGGGGAGAAGGGAGUAAGUCAUUAUUCAUGGAAAUAUUAUUUCUCUUCUUUUAGCCCCAAAAAUACUGACCCGGACAGUGCUUCUGAACAGAAAUUUAAGGGAUACAUCACCGUAAGUGCGCGAAAUUUGACAGUUUUCACCUGAGGUACAUAUGCUUAGCGCAAAAAGGGUCUUUAAAAAGGAAUCCGAAUUUUGAUGGUUUUUGUGAAAGAGAGGACAAACCUUUUCAUCAUUCAUUGCUUCAAGGGGUGCAGUGAAAACCCUGUCGGUUGAAAGUCAUUCCUCUUUAUUGCAAUUGUCUAUUCGAAAUGAUUACGUAUUUUAGGAGGUAUUUUAAAAUAUUAGAUUUUUUAUAUUACUUAUUCUAUUGUUGUCUUAUUAACUUGCUGUAUUAUUGUGCAGCAUCAUACUGGACGAUCAGCGUUUGCGAGGGAGCUUAAAAAACAGGUAUGUACGGACUUUUUAUUUCUCUACGGUUUCUAAAUACUAAAGUGUGUCGUUCUGGCGAGAUAAUGACGCUACUAUUAACUAGUAGUAAUUUCUUUCUGGUUUAUGCGUUUUACAGUGUACCGGCAGUCAGAAGCCGAGCAGCUGACGGUCAGUUAUUGGACUUCAGGAAACGGUUGCUGAGUGAUUUGACUUAGACGGUGGGGACAAAACAGCACCUUAAACAAGGUUUCUCAGUUCAGUUUUGUAACGGGGUAGAAAUAUAACCACCCAUGUCGCUUGGAGCUGAUGUCUGCAUGGUUGCUAUUUACAUUAAUUGGAUAGGCAUAUUCGGUUAGUUACCUCAGAAGUAAUCCUUUGGAUAGCAAGUCCUUGGGCAUAAUUGUUCAGCUGACGUUUGGUUGAAAAUAUGCUCAGCUUACUUAUCCGAGUGUUGGUAGCCAUUCAGCCACAGACAAAGAAGACGUGGUAACUUUAUGCGGAAACACAAUGUCCAAUUAGUUCCUCUGGCAUGGCAAAAAAUCACAGUGACGUACAGUCUGACUGACAAGGCUCACUACUUUGGCGAUUCACAGGCUUUAGGGUGCAAGUUAAUAUGGGAUGACAUUGUUUGGGGUUGGUUCAUCUGGUCCCGUCCUACCAGGCAUUUUAAACAGCAUUCAACAAUGUCGUUGAAGCGGCGGUGCCACGUUUACCGUAUACAGUGCGAUCUGUUGGUUGAUUUUGGGCGGGAGGGAGGAGUUGAUUAUAUUUUAGUUUAACCCGCCUCUUAAACAGUUAUUGUGGAGUUAGGCGGAUAUUUCACAGAAUAAUCUCCUGGACUGUUCUUCUCUCGACAGACAGAAAACGUCAAAGAGGUUCCCGCAAAUGUGCUCCGCCGUCUCGUCAGAUACAGUGGGCUUGUCCUGGAGCAGUGCAAUGACAGCGACGAUUUCAGCCCGGCCUGUAGCCUCCUGAAUUCUGCAUUUCGUCUCUUCCAGCAAGGUGGGCAGACACGCUUGUAGCAGCGUUUGCUAAAGUACUCUCCUCUUCCAGCCCAAAAUCCACCGACGUCUGCAGACAGUCUUUUUGCCGCUUUACAGCUAUGACUGUGCCUAAAGAGCGGUUGUUGCAAGUUAACUGAGGCUCACGAGGCUUGCGAGCCCCGUCGGAAAAAGUAAUCACGACUAACCGGGCGCUUCCUACUUCGCACGGGCGACUUAACCUGAACGACCAAGAAAACCCCUUAGCCAAAUAUUAAAACAAGUCUUCUAGGGGACUAGAUAACUUUGCGGUGAAACGGAUAAGGGUAACCUUGGAGCAUUCCUUCGCAGAAGAAGUCUAGGUGAGGUUUGGUCCUGCAGCCCCACUUGAUUGAUACUAUUCGUUUAGCAUGCAGUAGGUGGGCUAACUCAUGAAGUGUCAACCGAAAUUCCGAAAUGUGUUUUCGGUUCGAAAAGAGUAAAAAAGUAGAGUUGUAAAACUAAUCGGUCUGCAAUAUAAUUCUACAAUAAUUUAGUUACCUCAGGAUGCUGACUUUCGAAUGAAUUUCCUAUAUGCCGCAUACAAAAAUCAUACUUUACAACAAAUGAAUACUUAUGAAGCAAGCAUUUUUAUCAUUGAUUUUCGAUGCCUUUAAAACGUCAAUUGUUUUUCAUGGAAAACAUGCAUAAAAAUAUUCAUUCUUGUGCUCAUUCGGUAGAAAAUUACGUCUUCUUUCCACUUUAUACUCAAAGAAAGGGCUUAAUUCGAUUUUAAAACACUUUUAUAGUCCCCGAAUAAUUUUGAACUCGACCUGCCGUUACACUUACAUUUAGGGUCUCCGAACUACAAGCCGUAUAUUUUCCGCGUACGGAAAACCGUUAAUUUCUCUACGGCAUUUAGAGGAGAUUAUAUGGGGUUCAUAAAAUCCAGCAGUGGAUUUGAGCCUUAUGGUUAACUUUGCAUGCAACACUGGUAAAUGCAGAGACAUGACGUUUUGCGAACGGCCAUUUCACGUUAUCAAAAAAUCCUACAGUUAGAAACUUUUUACGACCAAAUUAAACCCUUCCUUCGGUUAUAAAAUCCAAAGAAGACGUAAUUUCCCACAGAAUGAGUAGAAAAAUGAAUUUUUUCUGCAGGUUUUCCAUGAACUAUAAUUGACUUUUUAAGGGAAUCGAAAAUCAGCGAGAAAAAGUGCAUGCUACGGAAGUAGUCAUUUCGUACAGAGCGUAGUUCUUGCAUGUAGCCAAAAUGAAGUUUUUUUGAAAUCCGGCAUCCUGAGAUAGCUGAAUUGUGAUAUGCUGAUUGAUGAUUAGUUCUCCAACUCUUUUCGGAACGAAAACGCAGUUGGGAAGUUCGGCUGACAUUUCAUGAGUUAGCCCACCUACUGUAUUAAAACCAUUUUGUUAGGGUACUAGAGAACUUUCAGGUGAGAGGAAUAAGGGUGACCUUGAAGCAUUCCUGCGCCGAAAAAGUCUAGGCGAGGUUUGGUCCUGCAACCCCACUUGAUUGAUACUAUUCGUUUAGCAUACUAAAACAAUCUUGGUAGGUGCUAUCACACUGACUUUACAUAUGUCCCGUGUUGGCGCCUUCCUCACUACUCUAAUCCAGCGAAUAACUGUAUCUAGGGGGUGGAAGAGUGCUUAUACGCCAGCCUCGGUUGCAUCAGGUAUCAGUUCACACGCGCUACCCUCGCGCCUGCUUCGAGCCCUGCUUGCGUCCUCACUGUUAUCUUAAUCCAGAGAUUGGCUAAGUAGGCAUUUUUCGGAAGGAUUGGAACUCCAUCAGUCUCCCAUUGGCCUUCCAGUCGUGAUUCCGCCCUCCUCAUUCAGCGAGUGGCUGUGUCGCGGGGAGCGUGCGUAAACGCCGCCUUCGGUUACACCAAGCAUCGAUGCACACACGCUUCGCUGUGUGUGCUUUGAGCUCUGCUUGCCCUCUCUUCUCUUUCCCCAUCCAGCAAGUGGUUAAGACUGGUAUGUUAACCUAAACUGUUUUAGGAAGCCAUCCGUGUGGUAUGUAUGCUAGGCAUGUAGGCUUGCUUUUGGCAUUGUUCGGAUGGACUGGAACCCCGUCCGUUCCAUCACAGUGGCCAUGCACUGCAAAUUACCACGCGGUUCCCUCCGUGGCCUUCCAGUUGUGAUUACACGCUCCUUAUCCUCUUAAUCCAGCGAGUGGCUGUGACGCGGGGAGAGUGUGUACACGCCACCUCCGGUUACACCAAGCAUCGGUUCACACGCGCUCCGAGCACUGGUUGUGCUCUCUUUCUUAUCGAGCGAAUUGUUAAGUUAGGUGGGUUAACUAAAAUUAUUUUAGUAAGCUGACCAUAUGGUAUCAAUCAAGUGGGGCUGCAGGACCAAACCAUACCAAAGUUCUAAAGGAAACUAAGAUUGCCAGUGGCGUAAACAGGACAGUAGGAGUGUUAGCUCAUAAAAUGCUAGCCGAAAUUCUGAAUUGCGUUUCCGACUCGAAAGUCUACUCCAGUAGGGUUGUAGUAUUCAUCACCGUGCAGCAUAAUUCUAUUCUAAUUCAAUUACAUCAGAAUACUGGCUUUAGAACGAACUUCUAUUCCAUCGCCUGCGAUGACCAAUCUCUGUAGAAAGUGACUACUUGCGUAGUGUAAGAUUUGUGCCAGUAAUUUUCGAUGCGCCUGUAAAUUUAAGUAUAUUUCAUAGAAGCCAUGCAUAUAAAUAUUCAUUCUCUUACUCAUUCGGUAGACAAUUACAUCUUUUUUAAAUUUUAUACUUGAAGUAAGGGUAUAAUUCGGUGUUAAAAAAGUUUCCCGAUUCCCGAAUAAUUUUGAAGCCGACCUGUCGAGUGGGGUCUCAAAACUACAAGCUGUAUAUUUUCAUUCUACGGGAAAUCCUACAUUUACACAAGCUAUCAAGGGGAGACCAUAUGGGGUUCAUAAAUGUUGGCUGUGGAUUUAAGCUAUAUCGUAAACUUUAUAAGUAACAUCAGUAGGUGCACAAACAGGGUGUUUUUAUGAACGGAAUUUUUACGGUCCCUAAAAAUCCCGCAAUUAUAAACUUUUUAAACCGAAUUAUAUCCCUCCUUCAAGUAUAAAAGUUGAAGAUGUAAUUAUCGACCAAAUGAGUAAAAGAUUGAAUAUUUUUGUGCAUGUCUUCUCUGAAACAUAUUUGAGUUUAUAAAGGCAUCGAAAGUCAUUGAGAAAAAAUGUAGUCCUUUUUUGCAGAGUUUAUAUUUUGCCGGCUUCAGGAAAGAAGUUCGUUCAAAAGCCACUAUCCUGAUGUAACUGAAUUGGUAUAGGAUUAUACUGUAUGGUGAUGAUUACUACAGCCCUACUUGAGUAGUCUUUUAGAGUCGAAAACGCACUUCAGAAUUUCGGCUAACACUUCAUGAGUUAGCACAUCUACCGUGCAUCAUCCAGAUUCGAGGCCUCCCCUUCAUUGCCUAGUUGACAAAAUGCGUGUUUACUAGGCGUGGAGACAGCGCCGACAGUUCAACCGUGAUAACACAAGUAUCCAAUCAGGUGAGUCCUGAUGAAAGGACGGGAGAGGGAUGGCGAGUAAGCGGCUAAAUCACGUAAUCCGGUUACCUGCGCAAAUCUUCUGGCGUCCUAGCCCGUACUCGCAGUGCAAGAGACGCGUUACCCUUGUGCACCAGGCUUGGGUAGAGGUGUUUUUGGUUAAGCUUCUCACCACCCGCAGUGGCAGGCGCUCGUCCUACCGCAAACUCGUCUCCGUAAACUCAUAACGAGACGGACAAAAAAUACAAGAUAAAACAUAUUGUUGAUCGCCUAAAACGCUGCGUGAAAACAUGCUUUACCAUAGAUAGAGCUGUGUACGAACAAUUUAAAGGUGGGCCAAACGGGUCGCCGUUAUCCAGCUUAAUUGCUGAGGCAGUGUUACAGUGACUGGGGGCACUAGCUUUUGACCGCUUUCGAUCACGAUUGUGGGUACGGUGUGUUGAUGACACAUUUGUCAUCCACAAUCGGGACGGGAUUUGGGAAUUCACGUAACAUCUGAACUCCAGCUUCCCAGAUAUCCAGUUCACGAUGGAAGAAGAAAAUGAUUGCCGGUUGCCGUCUCUCGACACACUAGUUCACAGAAAAGGCGAUUGGGGAACUGAAAACAACGGUUUGCAGGAAAACGACGAAUACCUUUCGUAUUCUAAGCUCUCUCAGCAACCACACCCUUUCGCACAAUCUCAGCUGUCUGAGAACGCUCUACUGGCGUGUUGAAACUCAUUGCACCGAGCCAGCCGACAAGAAGACCGAGGUCCAGUUCCCGUGGAUACUCUUCACGGUGAACAACUGCGCUGGGAAUUUCGUCGGGCAGUGCAGACCAGAAAGUCCGGAAAGGAAACCCAAGGGGCAGCCGAAGCCGCAAUACUGGCGCGCAGUGCCGUACAUAUCUGGCGUGUCAGAUGAAUUCGCUAGACCGGUGAACGAAUUUGGGAUUGGCGUCGCCUGCAGACCCGAAGCAACAAUCCGCCGGCAACUUAUGCACCCUAAGGACCCGACUCCCAUCAAUGAGAUAUCGGGGGUCAUCUACCGGAUAGACCACAACUGUGGUCAGACUGGUUAUGUCGACGAGGCCGGCAAACUGGUUCGUACGAGAUUGCACGAGCAUGUUUUGGCUUUGAGACGAAAGGAUAAACUCGCCUCCUCGUCAGGGCACGGCUUUGACUUUGAGAAGGUGAGAAUAUUGGGUCAGUCGGACGACCUAGUUGCGCGCCUGCCGCAGGGAGAGUAGCACUCAAAUGAGGACUCGAUCAAUCGACAUAUCGACCUUCCAAUCGCUUAUCACGCACUACGUGAACAAAUCAGCAGCGCAGCUGGAGGUCAUCUCUGGCAGAGGCAAGUUAAAUAUGCGAUGAGUUGUACAGUUUUUCAUUCCCUGACGAUGUGCUCGCGUGAGAGUUCGAAACGUCGGAUAAAUAAACAGUCGGUUCCAACGAUCGCCUUCCCAUCUUCUUCUAUUCAAUAACCUGGGUCGCGCGUAUUCUCAAUCAUUCGUAGCUGAUAAAUAUGUUUAAACCAAGACAUUUCACAGGAGUUAAGUGUGAGAAAGGAUAUUCGUUCCACGAACGUUUUUCAGGUGCAAGCAUUUGCGGAAGGUACUAUAUGUCAUCAAAAGUCAACCGAAAUUCAGAAACAGGAUCCCGGUUAGAAUGAAUUACUCAGAUGGGCUUGUAAUGCUGAUCAUUAGCCAGCACAAUUCCAAGAUAGUUCAGUCACGUCAAAGUGCGGGCUUCUGAAGGCGUGUUUGUCGGGAUGCCAACAAGAACCGCAUUCGAAAAAAACGACUUAAGUGGCAUGCACUCAUGCAUCGUCCUCUGAGGUCUUUAUAGAUCCAGCAUAUUUUUCAGAAAUUGUUGCUUAUUAAUUUCCUCAAAAAACUAACUGCUUAAUCGGAGUCGAUCAGUAUAUUCUAGGACCUAUAGCCGUAGAUUGAAAUUUGGUGUAUUUAUAUCUGGGUCGAAGACCAUCAGCAGUUAAUGAAUAUUACGCGGUUAUCCGCUGAAGCUGACGGAAUUCGGUCCAGGUAUUUAUACACUGAAGUUUGGUCUGCGAUUAUAGACCCUAGAAUAUGCUGAUCUACUCCGAGUUCGCAGUUAAUUUAGGAGGAAGUUAAAGUGCAACGCUUUUUUAAAUUGGAGUAUCUACCAGAAAACAGACGGAGAACGCUGGGGAACCCGCUGACUAGCCGAACUCCUCGCAGUUGCGCCAUGCAGCGGCAGGAUAUAGGCAAAACACGCGUGCAUGGGUUUUGAGCUAGUAUCUGUGCUGCUUUUUUGAUAUCCUCUUAUCCUAAAAAAUUUUUUUAGAAAACCUGCACAGAAUAUCCUUUUUCGUACACAUUUUUUGGCCAAUAGCGUCUUUUUCAAAUUUCAUUCUCAAAGAGUGCCUUUUAUUUUAAAAAAACAUUAUUUGUACGCAGAAUCCUAGGGAACCCGUAAAUACCAAAAAUGGGAAAAAUUAGAUGAGUAAAUGUUACAAGGAAGAAACAGACGCUGGCGACAUCAAGAUCCGUCUUUAAAAUUUUCUUUUGUCUGCGGAGGUUUCCUAAGCUGUUGCUAUUCUUCGCGUCGGGUAUACUUGCUAUGCCGGAAAUAUUCAUCCCCGUCUCCUUAUGCUUUCUCUUUGAUCUCAUAAAAUAACGUUUGUUUAACAGGCAAAUAUUUUGAAAAUAAUAUUUCAUGGGCCAAGGACAAGUGCUAACCAAGCAAUGCUGUCAUCUUUAGCGUAUCUUACCAAGUGUUUACCAAAAUUCUGAAAUGUACCUUCAAUUAGGAUGGAUGGCUAAAAUGGAGUCGUGAUAUUAGUUACUUCGCAACAUGAUUGCAAAGUAUUUUAGUCACACCAGAAUGUCGGAUUUCGAAAAAGUUUUGCCUCGGCGCUUGCAAAAAACCACCCCUCGAAAAGCGACCGCAUAAAAAGUAUGCUUUUUGCAUUGAGUUACAAUACACUUAUAAUAUCAAGUGCAUUUUAUAAAGAACAUGCACAAAAAUAUCCUUUUGGGUUUAUUAGGCAGAAAACAACUUUUUCAAAUUUUGCACCUAAAGAAACGCCAACGUAAUGUUUUAUAACUUGUCCAAGUCAUUAAUAAUUUUCAGCCGGACAUACAUUUAAACUUACGCUGGGAGCUUCCGAACUACAUGUUAUGUAGGUUUUAAGUUUAGGAGAUGUGGUGAGAGGUUACACAGUUAGGAAUUAGAAUUAGGGGUUAGGGCAACUAUUUCUCAUCCACUCAGAGUGCAACCGCCCAUUCGCCAUUAGCUUUUCUUUUGCAUGCACUUCCUCGACCUCGUCGCCUGUGCCUUCCCCGGCCCUAUCUGUAAGAACUCUCUACUACCACCGGUCCGGUAUUACAGGCGGCAGGGGUUUGUUCACCUUAAUGUCGACUAAAUAACCACAUCUGACCAAAAAACUUGUUCAGUUUUCUAAUAAUUUGAACCUGAUAUGCAUUUACAUUUAGGCUGGGAGCUUCCGAACUACAUGUUGUGUAGGGAAAAUUAUUUGUUUCUCUGCGGCGCUCAGACGACCUCAUUUGAGAUUCAUAGAACUUUGUUAAACCGAAAGACCCCCUUCUUUGCAGAUAUAAAGUUUAAAGAGGACGCAAUUUGCUACCAAAUGAGUUAAAAAUGAAUACGUUUCGUUGUGCGUCUUUUCCGCUAAAUAUGUUUGGUUUGUAAGUCAGUGGAAGACACUCCCACUAAUAUAGUAGUCAUUUUAUGCAGUACCGUUUUUUCAGGCAGUUGAACCGUGGCCCGCAUCUUGGCGUGACCGAACUGUCUAGAGAUGAUGUCAUAUGAUACUCAAUACUACAACACAUCCUACCAAGUUUUUCUUCACGAAAACACCUUUAAGAUUUUCGGCUAACAUUUCAUGAGCCAAGACCUAUACCGUAUUUACUGCACACUUUGAGGUGUUUUUAAAGGCGCUUUGCGAAAACGAGGAUUUAAGGUUCAUUUCGGAAUCUGUGGUCAGUUAUGGUAAUAUGACGUGGUUAUCCGUUGUGGCUGAUUGACUUCGGCCCAAAGAUUCAUACAUAAAAUUCUCGGUCUGUGCCCAUAGACCUUGAAUAAACUGAUCUACCGAAGUUUGCAGACAAUUUUUGAAUUAGAGUAUCUACCAGAAAACAGACGGGGAAUGCUGGGGGACCAACUUACGAGCCGAACCCCUCGCAGCGGCGCUAUCUGACGGCAGAAUAUCGGCGAAACACGCCUGGAUGGGCUUUCGGCUAGUACCUGUGCUGUUAGUAUGGUAUCACCUUGCCCUAAACUAAUGACAUGCCAAUCGAAAUUCCGAAAUUCGUUUUCGUUCCAAAAAGAUUAAUUAAGUAGGGUUCUCCAACUAGUCAGCCUGCAACAUAAUUCUAUAAUAAAUGAAUUACUACAGGAUGCUGGCUUUCGAAUGGACCUCUUUCCAGCUGCAUGGAAAAACUAUACUGUGCAAAAAUGUUCACUUAAUUAAGGUGAUUUUUCUCCUUGGUCUUGGAUGGCUUUAAAAAUUCAAUUAUAUUUCAUGGAAAACAUGCACUAAAAUAUUCACUCUUCUACUCAUUCGGUAGGAAAUUACGUUUUCUUCCAAUUUUAUCCUCGAAGAAAGAGUAUAAUUCGGUUUUCAAUAAAGUUUCCAAUUCCCGAAUAAUUUUGAACCCGACCUGCCGUUAUACUUGCAUUCAGGGUUUCAAAACUACAAGCCGUAUAUUUUCCGCGAACAAAAAAUCGCACAUUUCUCUACUGUAUUAAGAGGAGACCAUAUGGGAUUCAUAAAAUUUAGCGGUGGAGUUGAACGAUUUUGUUAGUUUUAAAAGCCACAUUAGUAAAUGCAGAGGCAUGACGUUUUAUGAGCGGCCAUUCAUAGUACAAAAAGAGCUCGCGAAUUGAAUGUUUUCUAAAACCAAAUCAUCCCCUUUCUUUGUGCAUAAAAUUGGAAGAAGACGUACUUUUCUUCAGAACGAACGGAAGAAUGACGACUUUUAUGCAUGUUUUUCAUGAAAUAUAGUUGGAUUUUUAGGGGCAUCGAAAAUCAACGAGAAAAAUGCACGCUACUUAACUAGUCAUUUUUUACAGAGUAUAGUUUUUGCAUGCAGUUGGAAAGAAGUUCGUUGGAAAGCCGGCAUCCUGGAUUAACUGAAUUAUUGUGACAUAAGGCUGCACGGUGAUUAGUUUUACAGUCUCACUUAAUACGUCUUUUCGAAACGAUGACACAUUUCGGAAAUUCGGUUGACAUUUCACGAGUUAGCCCACCUACUGUCUAUAGUCUAUUCUAAUGGACUUAAAUUUUAGAAGUCGUUCGACAAAAAACUUAUUAAUCCACGUUUUAGCAAUCUUUUCCAGACCUUAAGAUGGAUGAAAUUCCGCGAUGACUAAACAGUAAAGAACCCGUGACCAACUUUCUAUCACCCACCAUUCUCCAAAACAGUCGAAGCGCCGCAGGCUGUCUUUUCGACCGCUCAAAGCCAUUCCGCUGUGACUCCGUGCUUGGAAGGGAUGCAACGCUCACAAAAUCUCUGGCAGUGGUCAUUCAACCUGACUCCUGUCCACAUUUUCUACACUAGGACCUGUUAAGUGCUUGGUUUAGGGUAUGGCAAGCAUUUUUCGAAGAUUAGUAGAGUCCGGCCGGGAGCGUAAGGAAAACAGAGGAACUCAAUCUACCUACCUACCAGUUUUUAGAAUCUAACGACGGCGAAUCGUGCCGAACACCCAAAACCGUCUCAACCACUCCUGUCAGUCCUGGCUUGAAAGGGGAGUCAACUGUAGUCGGUAGCAGGGAUUGGAAAUAAUAUAUACAUGCAAAUGUAUAUGCAUCGCUCUCAGAAACAAAUACUCUACAUAUCUUUCAAAUCCCAGUGCCACGAUUUAGAACAAUGGUCAUUUUUUUCCUUCCUGCUCAGAUGUGGCUCCGAACGGCCGAGUGACACAGACCUUCAUGUACGCGGGUCUUCGGGAACAGCAGAUCUGGCAGUCUACCCGCUUCUGGAAUGCAGCCGUCUUCAUUGCCCUCCAACAGGAACGAUCUACUCAGGUGUCUGCAACGACGUGAGUUCCUUCGCGUUUGUCAUUAAAAUGCAUCUGGAUAAUGAUACACCACCCUCUUGGUAGGAAUGCGAAGCGGUUGGCUUAACUGAUGCUUCAGACACAGAACAACAUCCCAGCGGCAUGUUAUUGUAAACAACCGGGGGAAAACAGGGAGGAUGGGGCAAACAUCAAACUAACGUGGACGGCGCCUUGCGCCGCAUCUCUCGCAUUCUGCCCUCCCCCCCCCCCAGUCAUCUACCCCCGAUCUCAAGAUAAAGUCAAGAAGACCGGAGGCGGGAUCGGACUCAGGUAACUGGCGCGACAGGAGCCUGCGGCCAGGUGUGCCGCCACACCUACCUGCCCCAUUUAAGUCUCUGGAAGCAAUAUGAAGCAGACCUCUGGUUUGUCUUCCAUCGAUACAGACGCAGGGUUGUUCUAAGAGCGGAGAGCUGAAAAAUCUGAACAAGGGGCAAAUAUCUUAGAGUCAGUAACCAAUUAAUUUAGAAACGACUGAAUGCAGGUGAAUAUUCGAUGGUUGGGAUGUGCGAGAACUGAAGGCUAGUCAAUGAAGCAUAAAGUUACUUGUGCCGCAUUCUAUGUGGAAACUAUCGGAUUGAUCAUGUUACGUAGCACUGUACUGGCGCUUUCUACGAAAGACUAGUAUUUCAGAAACAUCCAUGUUGAAGAAUAAUAGAAGGCGCUCGUCGAUUUAUGUCUUGGGAUUCACUCGUCCCGAUGUAUCUCGGCUGGCCGAUGAAAUGGCUGGCCACAAAUGGUCAUUCCAGUCUCCCUUGUCCACAUUGGUAAUGUUAUCCCGUCUGUUUCGAACAGUGUUGGCGGUCUUGUUAAAUGAAGCAUUUUUUGUGACAAACUAUAAACAGUAAGUAGCCGGCUGGUAUGCAUUCGGUGCCGGCAUACGGCCUUAACAAUUUCGAAAUUCAUUUUUUGUAGUUGGGCAAAACACCUGAAAAAAGAGUUUGCCCAUCGACCACUGACUGCGCACCAAACAUAUUACAGCUUGUCUCCCCUGAAAGUCAACUGCAUGUGUAGCAUUGCAGGCCCAAGUCCUGACUCCACGCUCGAAGGUAACAGUUUCUGUCCAAAGUUGGGCACAACACCGAAUGAUGUUAUGUGCCGAGUUACCAUAAGGCCCUCGAUUACUAGUCGGCGUAACUAAAAUAGAGCGUUGUUGAGGUACAGUUUCCCAAAACAGAAAGUGUGAGCGGAUAAUCUUGGCUGGGGUGAGAGAGCGUGCACCCAUAUCAAUAGGCAGCGACAACAGGUCUUCUCACCAGACGAGUGAUGGCCGUUGAGUUUUUUAGCCCCAGCGUGAGGCGCAUGUGUGCACCUGGGCAUUGUCCGUCUUCAGCCAAUCGGAGAAAGACGCAACGUCAAUUGGCCUUGAGCCCUCGCUACGCCAGUGCCAGAUAAUCGAUCAACAAGGGGACGUCAGGCGCGUGAGUGAGUGGUCGUGCUGGCAAUCGCAGGGCUAGAUUGCCACAGCGUCAGAAAGGCGGCGUCGCUGUUGUAUUCUAUAAAAAAGUAUGCUAGCACGCUAUUUUGGCAGAAACUUGGGGUUUACAGGCAACUCCUUUAUUAAUAUCGUGGCAUGAUUUCGUUAAUCGCAUAUGACAUUCUGAAAAACUGUUUCAUUCUUUUGUCUUUCUAGCGGUACCGAAAAUGACCUGGAAUUGGAAAGGGAGCUUCACGACGGUCUCGCGUUCAGCCAGUUAAGGUGAUCAAAUGCACAGGAGUUUUUUUGGAUUUUGCUACCUUAAUGUCAUAUACGAUUAUUUUAUUUUUAAUUUAGAUACCUGUUAUGUUGUCGGCUAGAAACUAGGCCGUUCUUUUACCCAUUCUGUUGUUCAUUUGUAAGAAUCUGCACCUUCUCAGAGGAGAUGUUGCACUUUCAACCGGCUUACGCCCGCUAUUUGGUGAAUUUGAGCAGCAACUAAAUAUAUUAGUACAUCUUCGAGAGAUAUUCAGAAUCUCGUUAACUGCCCGGCACUGCGGUGGACCGCGCUAAAUCUGUUCGUAUUGAUCCACUAAGUAAGCCAAACCCCUUAGUAAACGACCAAUUCCUCGGGCCUGCAACUACAAAUCCUCAAGUACGGAGAGUGCUGAAAGUUCAGAAGAUGAAGAUGCGAUCACUGGAACAAGAAGUUUAUUUGCCUGACGUUUUGGAUUCUCAAUCGAAUUCAUCAUCAGAGACAUUCGCAGAUGGAUUAACGACUCGGACUCGGACCGAUAAGCCACCACCACAUCAAUUACGACCCCUGCGGUGAUUGCGAGAACUGGUAAUUGUAGUGCGCAUACGGUCCCACGGCAGCAACGUGCUAUAAAUACUGCACUCCUGGGGCCACCAUCACCUUUAUCUGCGAAAGGGCAAAUCUUCAAGUACGGAGAGUGCUGAAAGUCCUGUCCCUUUUCGUACUUGCUUUCGACGUAUUCACUGGCAUCCCUCGAGCCAUGCUCACUCCCCUUGUCAUUUGCAUUACCAUUCUGCCACGUGUGUAACUGAUAAUUGCCAUUUAUAACUGUUCCGCUCGCAUUUAAUCGAAUGGGGGUAAUUACAACAACUACUAUUCAAAUCUCCCCUGACAUCUUCGAAGUUUGCAAGCGAAUGGCGUAAAUACAAUACCCAACAAACUGGUAUCGGUUUGGGCCAGUCACUAAUCCGCUUUCGCACUAACCGUCAGACUGUCGCAUAGGGUAAAGCGACACUAAAAUCGUCGGAACCACGCUGACGUUCCCCUAUAUCUCCUUGCGCAGGUAGGCUGACUGGAGACCUAUGCAAACCACCCGAUUAAACUCCUUACCGGGAGACCGUCUCCUUGUCUGCAGUAAGUGGUCAACGGUAGGACCGCACUUAAUUGUCGGUAGGCUCUGGGUCGUGUCAUACGGGAAUGGUGCUAAUGUGGGUUUUGCAGGUGGGGCAGCACGCCAGUCAGUAAGCUGACGAAAUUCAAAAAAGCCCAGAAAUCGUUCGUGUACGACCGUUGAGAAACGAUCGUAACACUUUGGUUCCCUAUCGAGACGAAUGUGGAUACUACUUUGCAUUCCGCAUUUACUUGACUCUAGCUCAGCUCAGAGAGUCGAGAAACGAUUACACCGCUUUGGUCGACCGGUGCAGACGUCACGAUUCAGUUUACCCUUUCGUCCCAUGACCUUAGCUCAGAGAGUUGAGAAGAGAUCUUAUCGCUUCGGUCGUCCGUCGCAGACGUUGACUCAGGAUAAACAGACGAGAAGACGAUCGUUCUGUUGCAGUCCUAAUAUCUUAGGUAUUACAAGGCGGUCAGCUUUCAAUGGCUUCAUGCAAGGAACAUUACUUACAAAAUUGUCCACUUCUACAGUGAAGAUCUUCCAUUAUACUGGAUAUGUCUCAGCCAUGGGAGACAGGAAGACUUCCCAUGCUUCCUUCAGUUCAAUGGCAUUUAGGCCGAACCAUAGACGAUACUAUUAAUAAGAGUUUCAGCAACAUGCACUUCUACCCCUGCUCCGCCCAUCUGUUUGAUUUCCUUCGUGAGGGUUACGGAGCAUACAUUUCGACAGAGUAGACAACCACCUAACAGCUGUUGUUUGAGAUACGCCAGGGUCUUUUUCACACUCCAUCACCAUAGUUUCCCUCUAAAUAAGACAGUGAUCUCCUCAUGACUGUCCCGAAUGCGAGUCGGCUCUUUCCAAAUAUCGAGCUAGUUCUAAGAUAUUUCCCCUCGGCACAGAGCACAUCUGAAGACAAAUUCGUCUGUGUGACUCCUGACUUGUUGUUUUACUAGCGGUCUGUAUUUGCAGGUUACCGCAGUUGGCAAUAGUCCUCUUGUCUGGCAAUACUUCAUCACCUCCACGUCUUCGACUUUCAUCUGAAGCUGUAGAUGAGCUUGUCCAUUUUUCUGACUACCGUAUCCGAUGACUUUCAAUAUGGGGAGAAAUAACUUAUUGAAAACCCGCUGCACACAGACCCUUCAUUUUAGGUGCCCCUUGUUUAACUACUUAAGAUUUUUUAAGUCUAUACAGUCGUCCUCAGUUAUCCUGCAUAGAAAAUAACGGGCUUUCUUAUUACUUGCAUUUUUUGAAUUCCAAUAUGCGCACCCAGAUGGUUAGGCUUCGUUGGUCUAGUGUUCACCGACAUCGCAAGACCAUACGCCAUCUUCCAAUGCGGUUGGUUGCCUCACAUUUUUUUCUUCGUUCUCAUUGGUUGGACUUUCUUUGGAUUCCUGACCUGCCGCAAACUAUCCAGCGGCGGUUUACUUAAAUUGUCUUAUUCUUUAAAAUUUAUUCAUGGUUUAUUCUUUUAAUCAUCGCGCUGACCCUUCGUAUCUAUAUGUGAGUGCAUUAAAAGUUUAACGGCACGAAAACAAAUAUGUUGCGUAUUUUUCUUAUUUUAUAUCAGUUAAUCUACCGACAGUAUUCUCCACCCGUAAAGCCCCUAUUACCGUCUUUACCCUAUGACAGGAUCCUGAGGCCAGUCAAAGUUGAUUUGGGUCCUUCACUCUAUUGUUGCGGGGACUUUAUUCCGGUCUGUUUGGAUUUUUUGCAUGCCAACGUUACUCUUGUGCUUCUAAAACUUGUGUUCCUUUAAAUUCCUUGAAGCAAAUUUGCCUGGCGUAUCUACUCCCUUGGCUUGAGUAAAGAGGCCUGCUUGGAUUUCCUUCGAAGGCAAGCUGAGGAUGCAGCUCUGUCAAAAGGUACCAUUAUUUGCAUAUAUCUUGCAUUCACAAGCACCCGAUAAAUCUGCGGAGAGUGACUUCCUUUUAACUGCCCUGAAUGCAGUCAUAAGUAACCAACUUUAAGGAAAAAUGGUUCACCGGAUGAGACUUAUUUUAUUACUGACAUUUUGGAAAGCUUGAUUUCCCACAAAUGUCAGGGUCUUAGAUGCACAGAAUCGGAUAGAAAUUUAAGCCGCCUACCGAGAUAUUUGGUUUUGAGCUGACCGACUUUCUUUUUUCGCUGCCUCAGCCUUCUGGCGAAUAGCUGACGGGAUAGAUAACUGUUUGUGCUAUUAAUUGUCAUCUCAAUUUAGAACGCCUCAAUGGGGGUGGCUUCACUGCUUCCUCUCCAAGUGAACUCCUUAUCGAUCCGUUUAAUAUGGCCGUCUUGUCUUACCCGUUUUCUGGGGACGGCGCAGGACUUUGUAGGCGGGGGGAAGGUCAGUACGCCUGUUAAUGGAAUCGGUAACUGAAAGCCACACCUCAAGUAUGCAUUUUACGUCCAGGACAAUUAAAGAAGAAGAACAUCGACCAGCUCUAGACCAAAUGACUCGGUAAAUCAUUUUAUUUUCUGCCCGACCUUGACACUGGUGAGCCGGCCAGGCUACUAAAUUAUCACUCACAAACACUCGAGUUUGCCAGCCGAAGUCUAUAAGCGUUAAUGACGAAGGUGAGGACACCAGGAUGACCAUGUUCUACUUCAUUCCUGUCAUCCCACCAACAGCAGGCACUGACGGCUAUUCACGUCUUCACACUGCUCGAACUCGUUCUUAACGCAGGCUGCCAAGGCGGAUUCUGUUUGAAGCUGCAGUGCUGGUAAAACGUCCAAACGUUGCUGACUAAUGACUGUGAAAGCUUCUUCACAAAUUCUUUACACCCGGCAUCACACUUAUCUCAACCGCGUAAAUUAGUCUGGAAUCUAAUAUUAGUAGGACGAGUCGUUGCCAUUUGGGCACGGGAACUCGACAUGGUCUGCAUGCUCAAUGAAGUUUAUCAUUGUAUGCUCUAUCAAUCCUAAAGCUCAUGCGAAAUUGACCCACACACUUGCUCAAACAUCCACGGUCCCUUGCGGUUUUCUACUAUGACCAUUGUGUCUGUUGUUCUUUACAGAGAAGCAACGACUUCUACGAGCCAACGUUCUAAAGUUCUACUCCGAAUAG